AUGUCUGAUCAAGAAGAUUGUGAUUCUCUUCCACCGGCAUCGAACGUUCAGGACGUACGGGAACUAUUGGGUGACUUGGCCAGAACAGCAAAGGAACUAUUUAUUCCUCAACCUCAAGAAAUAGGAAACCAGCAAGAAGAUCAAUUUCAGAAUAUGGAGUUUGGGACAACCAGCUCAUCCAAUGAUCUCGAUUUUGAACUUCACAGCUGGGAAGGUCAAUGGGUCGAGCCUUGCGAUCCGGAAGAGAUCGUCUUUGAUCAAGCUAUGUUGAAAAAAAUUAAUACCCUACUUCCCCGAAUACAUGUACCGACUUGGAUCAACCGUCCCAUCAGAUCGCUUGGCAACAAAAGCUUUGGAAAGCUCAAGGCGGAUGAAUGGCGCAGCUUGCCCCUCCAUUUUCCUGUUGCUGGGCCGUCAAGACUUCCCAUUCAAUCCACUGCACACAAAGGCAAAGCCCCGCAAGUCCGGGAAUCCAUCAAAUCUCAAGUCAAUUGUCCUGAUAUAUCACUUGCCUCUCAAGCCGAUAUACCUCCCAAUCUGCCCAUCGCUGGGCCUUCAAGCAUUCCCAAUCAUUCCACCAGUGCAGCAGCAUCAUAUGAAAGCUCAGAAGAUUCAAAUUCUCAACCCAAAAAUUCCGACGGCAAACUUGAUAUCUUAGAGCAACGCAAAUACAAGAACAAACAAAUAUCCCAACAAAUAAGCAGAAGAGUCACAGACAUGAACAAUCUUGCUUGGAGAAGAGAAAUGUCGAAAAGCUCUUUUAGCGAUUUUUCCUAUCUGCCUUCAGAGACAGAGGCACAGCAAUGGGAGCAGCGCAAACUGGACAAGCGCUUGGAGAUUGAGAAACAUGUUGGGUUGGCUCUUUUGCAAUGCAUAGAAUUACACCCAACAGCAAAGCCCAGCCUUCUCCGUGCUGUUGAGAUAGAUGCCGCCAAAGAAGCAAUGUCUCACUUUGAGCCAAUAGUGUUUGCCUCUCAGAUACCGUCUAGAAAUUCAAACCUGAAGUAUUCGAUUAAUGAGCUCAAGACAUGUGAAGGCGCCUUUGCCUUGGCCGGAUUUUCGCGGUGUACUUUUGACUGGACAAGUUUGAUGAACUCUUCUUGGAAUGAUGCUGUUGCUAUGCUCUUCUUGCAUGAGUGGGAAAAGUGUUAUUUCAGAGGUGGUGCAGAUAAGUAUAUGGUUGAUACCCGUGAAGUUACCACUGAGGAUUGCAGGCUUCUUCUGGAAAGGUGGUUUGAAAACAAAAAACAAAAAUAUGUUUCUCAAACAAACAAAGCAGUUUCUGAGCAGGAUUCAGAGAUUCCCGAGCACAGACCUCACACAAAAAACAAGGAUCAAGAAAAAGAAGCAAGAAAAAGGGCUCAAAAACAAGCACUGAAAAAGUUCUUUCCAACAGAAAAAGGGUUAUACAAUAUACUUUCAGAUGUUAGAUGUCAUUCUGAAGAUGAAGUAAAUGAAUCUGACAAGCGUUAUCGACUAUUUCUACCGUGGAGAUCAGCCACAUUUGUCACAUUCCUAGGGCAUCUUGAUACUUUAUACAAAACCACCCAAACCACAUUCUGUAACUGUGGCACUGCAGUCAAAGUAUUGGAUCGCAGAAACCAUCGGGAGAUGACCGGUCUCAUGAAAGAGACUUCUUAUCCACCUAAGGGAUUUCCACGAUCUCUGACAUGUCAGAACUACUGGGCUGCACUCUCUAAGGCUCAGAAUCUGGGCCUCAAACUUUAA